CACGUACAGGCACUUGCAGAAGGCGAGGCGGUGACUGAUGCUGAUACAGAAAUAGUUUUUUACUCAGUUUCUCAACCAUGGGAGGGAAUUUUUAUCACGACAGCAGUUCUGUGCCAGAGACAAAAAGAGCACCACAGAGGAUGGCUCCGCUGCUAUUAAUCCUCGUUUCUGUCCUUCAGUUUGAAGCGGGCAUCUGUGGAGGAGCCACUGUCCUCUACCACAGACCCGGAGACGAUGCCACUGUGCCCUGCCGAGGCGUAUCAUCACCUGACACGACAUGCUCCAUGGUUGCCUGGUUUCACGACAGGGACGCGUCCAGGACCACGGCCGAGGUGGUGAACGGAAGUGUUGCGAGGAGCUCGGCCCGAGCCGCCAGGCUGAGCGUGGGCGCUCACUGCUCUCUGCUCAUCAGCGGCGUCACUGCUGAGGAUGCUGGUUUCUACACCUGUCGGCAGGGCGAGGCAAAUAACACCGACACGUCUGUGUAUCUACUUAUUCUGACUAUCUCUGUGUCUCCACCAGACGCUGAUCCCACGAGCGAUGGUCGAGUGACAUUGGAGUGCUCUCCGCUGAGAGACGGUGCCCUUGGUCCCUGUGCAGAAAACAGCCUCCGCUGGGUGGACGAGACAGGAGCUGUGCUGCUCGGUGAAGGCGCCGGGUACCAGGUCACGCGGGGGAACUGUACCUCGUUUCUGACCCUGAACGGCGGCAACAACCGAAGACACACCUGCCAGUUUGUCGACGAGAGCAACAAUGUACGGAUAGAGGCUGACUACACACCUGCCUUCGCAGGUUUGGCGAGAGACAGUCAGCCACUUACUGCUGCACAUAAAGAUUCCACAGAUGGGUCUCCUCUGGGCUACGUCUCGUUGACCCUGCGUAUCGCGGGACUGAUCCUAAUGAUUGUAAUCACCGUUUCUGUCGUCACAGACACAGGGAGCAAGAAGCCACUCGAAGACAACCAUCAGCUGAAGGAUAAUUGAGCUGAUUUGAAAUAUAUAAAUAUACUGUAAAUAGCCUUCACAACUGUAUGUGUUCCCAACACCAAGGUGUUAGUAUGCUACAUCUUUCGAAAAAACCAACCGCCCUACAACCACACCCACUUCGCACAUGAACGUGUCUGUUCACUUCUCCUUGGCAUGCACAGAUGAAUGUAACACCAUGAACGACUUUCUGAGGAGAGUGUCGGCGGUUCUCCCCGUUUCCUGCUUUCCGUUGCCCAUUCAAGUGUGACUUUUUUACCUUCGGUUUGAUCGACGCGUUCGUACUCGACGCUCCGGGGUUUUGUAAAAACCUCCACGGCCACGGUUUCUUUGGAGGCCUGAGUGAAGCAUGUCGCCGAAGCUCCGCACACUGCAUCCCUUCCCCUGAGUCCCCAUAGCCAAUUUUACGUCUCUCACAGAAAGCUUUUUUGUUAUACAACAAAAAUGAGAAAAUAAGUAACUGUCAUUCCUAUUAAACUGAAGUGAUGUUAAACACUUAAGUGUGAACCAGUCUGUCUGGGGUCUCAUUAACACUGCUGCAGUCCCACCAAACGGGCAUUUUUAAAAAAACGUAUUAUUCCUUAUUGAUACAUAUCAAUUUGGUGAAUGUACGUUUUCACAACCAGGUUGUUUAUCCCUGUCUAGAAAACAGCCUCCGCUGGGUGGACGAGACAGGAGCUGUGCUGCCC